GGAUGGUUUUCUCGGCAGAGCAGUUCUUCACCGGCUACCUUCGUCACUCGUGCUGAGCGGGAUUUUCGGGCUCUCCGGGUUCGGGCUGCGAGCACCUUCAUGACUACGCGGAGCGGGAGAGCGGCUACACCAUGCGAGCACAAAUUGAAGUGAUACCAUGCAAAAUUUGUGGCGAUAAGUCCUCUGGGAUCCACUACGGAGUCAUCACGUGUGAAGGCUGCAAGGGAUUCUUUAGGAGGAGCCAGCAGAACAAUGCCUCGUACUCCUGCCCGAGGCAGAGAAACUGUUUAAUUGACAGAACCAACAGAAACCGUUGCCAGCACUGCCGACUGCAGAAGUGUCUUGCCCUAGGAAUGUCAAGAGAUGCUGUGAAGUUCGGGAGGAUGUCCAAGAAGCAGAGAGACAGCCUGUAUGCCGAGGUGCAGAAGCACCAGCAGCGGCUGCAGGAGCAGCGGCAGCAGCAGGGCGGGGAGGCGGAGGCCCUCGCCCGGGUGUACGGCGGCGGCCUCAGCAACGGCCUCGGCCCCCUGAGCAACGAGGCCAGCGGCACAUACGCCAAUGGGCCCGUCAUCGACCUGCCCAAGUCCGAGGGAUACUACAACGUGGACUCCGGCCAGCCGUCCCCCGAUCAGUCAGGACUUGACAUGACUGGGAUCAAGCAGAUAAAGCAAGAACCUAUCUAUGACCUCACAUCCGUACCCAACCUGUUUACCUAUAGCUCUUUCAACAACGGGCAGUUAGCGCCAGGGAUAACAAUGAGCGAAAUCGAUCGAAUUGCACAGAACAUCAUUAAGUCCCAUUUGGAGACAUGUCAGUACACCAUGGAGGAGCUACACCAGCUGGCCUGGCAGACCCACACCUAUGAAGAAAUUAAAGCGUAUCAAAGCAAGUCCAGGGAAGCACUGUGGCAGCAAUGUGCCAUCCAGAUAACUCAUGCCAUCCAGUAUGUGGUAGAGUUUGCAAAGCGAAUAACAGGCUUCAUGGAACUCUGUCAAAAUGAUCAAAUCCUACUUCUUAAGUCAGGUUGCUUGGAAGUGGUUUUAGUAAGAAUGUGUCGUGCCUUCAACCCAUUAAACAACACUGUUCUGUUUGAAGGAAAAUACGGAGGAAUGCAGAUGUUCAAGGCCUUAGGUUCUGAUGACUUAGUGAAUGAAGCAUUUGACUUUGCAAAGAAUUUGUGUUCCUUGCAGCUGACUGAGGAAGAGAUUGCUUUGUUCUCCUCUGCUGUUCUGAUAUCUCCAGACCGAGCCUGGCUGAUAGAACCAAGGAAGGUCCAGAAGCUUCAGGAAAAAAUUUAUUUUGCACUUCAACAUGUGAUUCAGAAGAAUCACCUGGAUGAUGAGACCUUGGCGAAGCUAAUAGCCAAGAUACCAACCAUCACAGCAGUUUGCAACUUGCACGGGGAGAAGCUGCAGGUAUUUAAGCAAUCGCAUCCAGACAUAGUGAAUACACUCUUUCCUCCGUUGUACAAGGAGCUGUUUAAUCCUGACUGUGCCACCGUCUGCAAAUGAAGGCGAC